UCAUAACAUCAGUUCAGUUUAUUUACUGUAGCGUGUGGGCUAGAAUCAUAUUAAUUGCUCAUUUUUAACCUCUGACCAUUUAAAACACUAUACCUUGAUAACCGGUAAUUUGAAUCGAAGUUGAUAGUGAAUUGAAAUAACUCAUUUGUAGUAUUCAUUAGCAAAAUGCUAAAUUAUUCUAAAUCAAUGCUUCACUACAAUGUUGUGCUAUGCCAAGCUUUUUCACCAGAUGGAAAUUAUUUGGUAGCUGGAAAUAUAUAUGGUGAUAUAUCUGUGUUUGAUAUAUCCAUGGUUCUUGGACCACGACAGGAUGAUAGUAAUGAAUUGUUAAAGCCUAUGCAUCAGUUCAAGGCUUACCAGGACCAACAAGUCCAAAGUAUGGUAACAACUGAAAAUUUCUUAAUCACUGGAACAUGCGGAGAAAUUACUGGCUGGGAUUGGAAAGUUGUUAUUUCUAAAUCGCAAAAAGUUAAACCUUCUUGGACUAAACAAAUUCCAUCCAAAAAAGACAGUUUAGAAAAAUUAGAUGUCAAUUCUAUGGUUUAUGCAAAAGAAAAUCAGAUGGUUUACAUAGGUUGUGGAGAUAAUAAAAUUCACACUAUCAAUAUCAGCGAGGGAAAAAUAUUAAAUAGCUUCAGUGGUCAUACAGAUUUUAUUCACAGUAUUGCUCUACAUGGAAAGCAAUUGGCAUCUGGUAGUGAAGAUGGAACUGUGCGUUUAUGGGAUCUACGAAAUAAGGAGAAUACAAAUAUUUUAAAACCAUACUUAGAUAAUAAAGUUUCUAGGCCCAAAAUUGGAAAAUGGAUUGGAGCUGUUGAUUUCAACGAUGACUGGCUGCUUUGUGGAGGAGGGCCAAAAUUGUCAUUAUGGCAUCUCCGAACCAUGGAACCAGCUACUAUUUUUGAUCUUUCUGAUGAUGGUGUGCAUGUGGCAAAUACUUAUGAAGAUAGGGUUAUUGUUGGUGGAACAAUGCCUUACUUAUAUCAUCUGUCAUACCAAGGUGUUACAUUAGCUAAAAUUCCAGUUUCUAGUAAUACUAUUUACAGUGUAGUCUAUCAAGAGCAACCUCAUCAAUUUUUAUCCAUUGGAGGCUCAAGCAAUACAUUGGAUAUUUGUACUAACUUUAAUUAUCGUGAAUUAGUUUUAAAUUUUGCAUAAAAACUCUACAUUUAGAGUAAUAAUAUAAAAAUAAUGAUUAUUAAUACGGUUGAUCCAAAAUAUGACUGCUAUUAGCUAUAAUAUUAUCUGUAAGUAAUUUUCAUAAAAAUAUAAUUUUCACAAACUGAA